AUGCCGACGCUCCCGCUCCUCCAAACGCCCAAGGCAACAACAUAUGCUGAGCGUAAGUCGCGUGUUUUCAUUGUGCUACUCGGUCCUCUGCAGUUUGGGAUUAUGUUGACCCGUGAUUUGCAGAGAAGUCUUGCGGACAGUCGCGCCAAAUCGCCUCUUACCGAGUUGGACGACGACGAUGUUCCUGACCACACAUCCCUCGACUUGCCAGAGCCUGGUCUCGGGGAAACAGAAGAGAUUCGAGCGAAAUUUGCCACAGUAUCCGUCAUGCGGGCCCAAUUUGGCUCCCUCAUCAACCUUCUCAGCAAACGUCCUACUCCAGCCCCGACCGGGAUCGAUCCCAGCGAGCAGAUGGAUAUGCAGCUUGACGAACAACUCACGCUACAAGCCAUCGCGUUCGACAAUACUGCCGUCACGGACCGCAAUCCUUUUCACAUCGCUCAAGACCAUGCCGAAGAUCGCGAGGCUGAACUUGGUACUUUGAGAGAUACUCUUGCCGCGCGUUCUCGCCAGCUCGAAGUAGCCAAAAUUUCUGGAGAGGAGUUGGCGGCAGCAAGAAGUUUGUUGCAGAAGGAGAUGGAACAAUUGACAACGCGGAUUUCCGACUUAGACCGCAUCAAUGCAUCUCUCGCUAUGUUUAAAGGAGAGCUAACAAGCUUUCCUCGCUCCUGGCUGCGCUCGAACACAAGUCGGUGA